AUAUGAUACAGAUAUCUAGAACUUUGCCAAAAAUAUUGGUGAUCCUUGUGUUAACCUCACUGCUAGUUUCUUGUAAGCCAGUCAUGAAGCAUAUAUCGAAUGAUGACUUGAAAGGAGAUACUGUGAAGAGUACAUACUCAAUUCAUGCUUUAUCUAGAAGUAAACAAGGGUAUGGCUUCCAUAAUAUAUUUAUCUGGGUAGCUUCUUACAUUCAGUCCGCGUUGCAGAUGAUCCCAAGGAUAGAGAAUCUUAGUCUGGGGAACUUGGAGUACUAUCCAUUCAUGUCUUUAAAAAUAUGAUGCAUUUUGUUCUUUGUUAUGGCUGCAGUGGUGAUUAUUACAGAAAGGAUUGUAAUAUAUCAUUUCUUAAAACUCAAAGACAGAUCCUUGUUUUACAAAAGCUUCAAGAGAAAUACUCUGUUUACAUAUUUUCUCCUGGUGUUCCUGGCAGAUGAAGGAGGAUUCAUGUGAGUUCCAGAUCUCUUUAUAUUCUUCAGUCAUUUUGGUUUUUAUUCAACGAUAUCAGCAUUUAGAGAAGUUUUUGAUCUUUAUACAAAGAAGCUCCUUACAAUUCAGGCAAACGCAAAUAAUAUUCCUGAGCAUUCAAGGAAGAUUCAGAAGAUUCUGGAGUAUUACAGGACUCUGAAAUAUGUUCUGAUUAGUGCUUUGGGACUAUCCUUUAUCAUAUUUAGUGAAGUAGGGAAAUUAAGGUUAUACAACCUAUACUCUCCAGGUAUUAUUGCUCUGCUUGAGAUUUCUUUAUCACAUCAAAAGCUGUACUACAAGCAUAAGACUUCCACUAGCAUUAAUGAAGGGAUUAUAACUUUCUUCACAAAUUACUGAUUUGCUCUGAACAGUUUAUUGAUGGUGAUUAAAGUGAUAAACUGAGUAAAGGAUACGCUACUGUGUCUUUACCAAGAUGCUGUACCUUCCCCAUUCUCUCUGGUACAUAUGUACUACAUCAUGAGAAAUCUAAAAUUCUUCUUUUCCUGGAUCAAUGAGUGUGAAAAAUUUGUAGUUUUUCAUAAGAAUAAGAUUUUGAUAACUAACAAAUUUAAGCUCAAAAUUUACGAUGAAAAAUCAGGUGAAAAUAUGAAGGAAGAGUGCGGGAUUUGCUUAAAUUACCUGGACAAAGCUCGGAUUCUUCCCUGAAACCACCAAUUCCACCUCAUAUGUCUCUUACAACUCAUAAAGAACGGGUAUAAGAAAUGUCCGGUCUGCAGGCACCUAUUUGCUGAGGAACAGAGAGCUGAAGAAGAAAAUGACAACGAUGAAGGGGCUCUCCAGAAUUUAAACCAAAUGAACUUCUACGGUCUAGAGAAUGAUUAA